UCAGCAGAUAGAAGAAGCCACAGAAGGCCAAGCAGAACAGAAAGGACUUGGAUCAAUCCAGUGAACAACAGGAUGACUACAGCACUGCUCUUGGCGAAUUGGGACCUGCAAUGUGAACGCAACAACAAGGACCACCGGACCUCCGACGCCGGUUCCCAGCGUCUCCUUGUGCGCCGGGGCCAGUCCUUCCUUGUGACGCUGCACUUCUCCAAGAGGUCCUUCAACAAAGAGGUGGACAAGCUCACCUUCCACGUCAAGACCGGUCCUCGCCCCAUCCAGACAUCUGGGACCAGUUCUUCCUUCCCUCUCUCCUCCUCCCUGAAAAAGGCCAAAUGGAGCUCCACUGUGGAAGGCCAGGAUGGGUCCUCCCUGACCGUAGCGAUCUUCCCUCCUCCGGAUGCCAGGAUUGGCCGCUACCACCUGACCCUGGAGAUCUCCACUGAAGGUCAAGAGUUCAGCUACGACCUGGGGGAGUUCAUCCUGCUCUUCAAUCCAUGGUCCACAGAUGACACUGUCUUCAUGAAAAGCGAAGAGGCCCGGGUAGAAUAUGUCCUCACCCAACAUGGACAGAUCUACCAAGGAUCCCAGGAUUUCAUCUUUGGCUGCCCUUGGAUCUUUGGGCAGUUUGAAGAAGGGAUUGUGGACAUCUGCCUGCAGCUGCUGGACAGCAACCCCAAAUUCCUCCACAACCAGGACAAGGACUGCUCUCGCCGUAACAGCCCCGUCUACAUCAGCCGGGUGGUCAGUGCCAUGGUGAAUUGCAAUGAUGACAAAGGCAUCCUCUGGGGACGAUGGGACGACCAGUACGAUGAUGGCAUUAGUCCCCUAUCCUGGACUGGAAGUGUGGACAUCCUUCAGAGGUGGCAGAAGUCUGGAUGCCAACCGGUCUGUUAUGGGCAAUGCUGGGUCUUUGCAGCUGUGGCAUGCACAGUGCUAAGGAGCCUGGGCAUCCCCACCCGCGUGGUCAGUGCCUUCGAGUCUGCCCACGACACCAACAGCAGCUUGGCCAUAGAACGAUACAUGGACCAGAAUGGGCAGCCGAGAAGCCGGGAGUCCAUCUGGAAUUAUCACUGCUGGGUUGAAUCUUGGAUGGGACGUCCAGAUCUUGCAGCAGGAUAUGAUGGGUGGCAGGCUUUGGACCCAACUCCCCAGGAGAAAAGCGAAGGUGUUUUCUGCUGUGGCCCAGCACCCGUCAAAGCCAUUAAAGAGGGAGACCUUCAUGUCAAAUAUGAUGUCCCCUUUGUCUUCGCUGAGGUCAAUGCUGACGUGGUGAAUUAUGUGCGCCAGACUGAUAUGUCCUGGAAGAAGAUCACCCACACCAGCCUGGUGGGCAUGAAGAUCAGCACCAAGAGUGUGGGCAAGGACACCAGGAAGGACAUCACCCAUCACUACAAGUACCCUGAAGGAUCAAGGGAAGAGCGAUCCGUCUUCAAAAAGGCCCUACAUCGCAAGGACCGAGCACCAGCCGAGGGAGGACUGAAGGUCAGAAUCAAAGCCUCUGAAGGCAUCAACAAUGGCUCUGACUUCAAAGUCUUUGCUGUCCUCACCAACAACACGGCGGAGGAACACCGGUGCCACCUUAAGUUUGGCACUCAUAUCGUCAGCUACAAUGGGGUGCUGGGUCCCGAAAUCAGAUCCAAAGACCUGAAUAACAUCACGCUGGAGCCAUAUGGAGAGCGGACUGUCACUUUGCUCAUCCGCUAUGAGAAGUAUGGCCACCACUUGACUCAGGACAACAUGAUUAAGGUGAUGGCCCUCCUCACGGACCUUUAUACUCAAGAGGUGGCCCUCGGGGCCCGAAGCAUCUAUGUCAAGAACCCGGAUAUCAAAAUCAGGAUCCUGGGGGAGCCAAUGCAGAAGCGGAAGCUGGUGGCCGAACUGACGCUGACCAACCCACUGCCCACUCCUCUGACCGGUUGUGUCUUCACAGUGGAAGGGGCUGGACUCACAAGUGGACAGAAGGUCCAGGAAAUUGAGUCUCCAAUUGAUCCAGGCGAAGAAGCCAAAGUGAGAGUGGACUUCGUUCCCCGGCAAUCCGGUCUGCGGAAAUUGGUGGUGGACUUUGAAAGUGACAAGCUCAAAGGGGUGAAGGGCUACCAGGACGUCAUCAUUGCCCCGAAGCCCAAGCGGAGCUUGUAG